AUGGGUGUGUUUGAUAUCUUUGGCAGCAAGAAUGGUUUUGAUCCAAAUAAAUUUGAAAAAGAAUUUAGUCAAUUAACUGGGAAUAUCAAUAAAACUAAACAACAGUUGGUGAGAUUAUCACAACGAAAACGAAGGUUAAAUGCAAAGCUUGAAGCAUUUGUAUCAAUUGGCUAUAUAUUAAUCUUCCUGUACUGCUACCUUUCCAUUCCAAAUGAUGUUCGUGCAACAAAUCGUAUUCAACAAUUCAUAAAAGGACAAACAAAGAAUAAUUUAUAUGUUCUUAUUGGUUAUCCAUUGGCUUCUGUUUUGAUAAUCAAAAUAAUAAACUAUGCUUUCAAUUACCUUAUCAAACGUCAAGAUAGGUACUUGGCUAAGUUGAAAACUAAACAUAAAGCAAAAAUGGAUGAAUUAAAAAAGAUUACAAACUUUAACGCCACAAAUGAAUUGAUUAAUAAAUAUAGUGAAAAGCAAUUACCUCCACAGGCUCCGCAAGUUCACCAGAAAUCUGUUAGGAAGAGCAGCAACAAACAAGAUGAGUUGAGGGCUCAAGCUUUGAAAGAGUUGCAUUUGAAUGAUAAGCAACAUUCCUCCAAUGAAAAGACAAGUGCUCCAAAAGAGCUUACAGAUUCUCCAAAGCAACAACAAACACAAGUGCCCACUUCAAAUUCACGUACAUUUCAAGACCGUCUAUUGGAUUUGUUUGUAGGGUCGGAUAAUUCUGAAUCGGUGGAGCAACGAUAUGCCUUAAUUUGUUCACAUUGUUUUGCACACAACGGAUUGGCGCCUCCUCACUGUGAAGAUCCUCUGUUGGUAAAGUAUCAGUGUUGGAAAUGUGGUGCAUUGAACGGGAAAGGAAUGUUGUUCGGUCAUUCGGAGCAAGGUCAGCAAACUCUAGAUGAUGCAGUGGUGAAUACACCAGAGAAGGGUAUAACAAAAUCUGAUGUCUCAUAUACUGGCAGCGAUGAAAAGGAGUCUUCCACAAUUGACAACGUAGUCAAAGCUGAUUCUCCUCUUCCGGAGAAAGCAAAUACGCCUACUGAUGCUGUAUGGGAAAGCAACCAAAUCUCAGACGCUAAAAAGAAAUCUAAGUCAUCGCCUCUGGGUUUAAGUUAG